ACCUCAAAAAUUUCGAACAUAAAACCCCCAUUAACUAUACACACAGAACUGAGCCGAAGAGAAUUAGGUCAUCGGAGAAUCCUCUGAACUGAAAAGGGUUGCCGCCGUUCGCCGCCAAUCACCAUCAAUCGCCCGCCAAUUGCCGUUCUUGGUUGCUAAUUUGUUGACGGAGAAAUGUUUUAUUCGCACACAUUCUUGGCUCGAAAGGGUCCAUUAGGGACUGUAUGGUGCGCUGCACACUUGCAACACAAGUUGAAGAAGCCUCAUUAUACUUCUACUAACAUUCCAUCUACUGUUGAGCGCAUCAUGACUCCUGAAGUACCUAUUGCACUGCGAACGUCUGGCCACCUUCUACUUGGAGUUGUUCGGAUAUACUCGAAGCAGGUUGAAUACUUUUCUGAGGACUGCAAAACAUUACUAAUGGGAGUUAUAAAGGCCUUCUCGUCCACAAAUGUCAAUCUCCCAGAAGAUGCCACUCAUGCACCAUACAGCUCCAUCACUUUACCAGAAACGUUUGAACUUGAUGCCAUAGUUUUUGAUGAAGCUCUUGACCUGAACAGGAUUAAGGAUACUCAUGUUAAAAGUUACGAAGAGAUAACUUUGGAAGAUCAAAUUGUAUCGCAUGAAGAUCAGUAUGUUGCUAUUUUCAUUGAUGAGGACAUAGUGAAGAGUUUGUCAAAAUCAGGUGAAGUUUCUGGAUUAGGUGCCAUGCCUAUGGAGAUAGAUUCUGAUCCUUCAAAUCCAGAUGAAACUGCUGCUCAACCCCAGCAUUCUUCCCCUAAGAAUCAGGAAGGACUAAACAAAAGAACUGUUUGUGAUGACAUCCCUCAAGAUAUUCCAGAUAUUGAACUCAUGCGUGAUGCUGUCCAUGAUCACAGUUUUGAGAAUGUUCCCUUGUGGUCAGACCGAGGGAAUGAUGUGAUGGAACCAGAUAGAGUUCUGGAGGAACAGAUCAUGAGAGACAAGGAAACUGCAAGCCCAGUUGUGAAAGAGAUAUUGGCCCCCGGAGGACAUUCAAUCCCAUCUCAACAACGACAAGAACCACCGUCAACUACUUCAGCGGAGGCUCAUGAAUUUGCUGAUCCACAGAUAUCAUUUGGGCAUCAGUCACCUGAUUUAGCACUUCUUUCAACACCUCCUCUCGAGGCGCUAAAAAUAAGAAGAAAGCGAAAGCUACUCAUCUAUGAUAAGGACAUAGUAUUGCCAAAUAAUGAGAUGAAAAGGAGACUAAAGGGCAUUGGUAUAAAACCACGCGAAAAGAAGAAGGUUCCUUGUUCUUCUUUGGACAUCUGGAAACAAAACCAGAGACUAAGAAAGGAUGGAAUUUUCUUUGAGCCUAUAAUAACUGGAUUAUGCGAUGAUCUUUGCAAUAUCUACAAGAAAGACUUCAUUUCAGCAAAAGUCAAGAUGGCUUCCUCACAGGAGAAUCAUGCAGAACCCAGCAAUAACCAAGCCCCUCCAUCUGAGAAUGAUCUUCCGGUGGAAAUUGAAAGAUUACGUGAUAACCAAGACCUUGCAAGCACCAAUUUGCUGUCUGAGAUUUUGCCGUCACCAAAUAGGCCCAUUUCCUCUCCACAGAUGUCUAUGCCUUCCCCAAGUAGGCUCAUUUCUUCUCCACUGAUGUCCAUGCCUUCCACAAGCAGAAGAGAUGACUUCAGUCCUGCUACUACAACUUUUGGGACAGAAUCUAGUCAGAUAGGAAGAACCAUGGAUAGUGGGGUGCAGCCCACGCCCGACCCAGCAGCAUCUACUGGGCAUGUUGGUUCUGAUAUGGAGACCCCUUCAACAUGGUUUGGAGAAGGACUAGGUGUGGAGGAUACUGUUCUAUCUGAUAUUCCUGAGUUUGAUAAUUCUGCUGGGGAUCUAAGUUUUCUAGAACAAGAUGACGACACUCCUAUUGGACUUCGAGGAACUCCUUUAUCAAGUAAGCAAAAGGGAACGCCAGAGUUUGACACAUUAUCUGCUAGAACAAGAGCUGUUGCUCAAUAUUUGAAGGGGCAGUCACCAGUAACCCCCAUCUCAGAAGAGACUGGAGAUAUCAGCUUAAAUGCAAUUUUAGAAGGCAAAAAGAAAAGAAUAUGUGCCCGAAUGUUUUAUGAGACUCUGGUGUUGGAGAAUUGUGGACUUGUACGUGCGAAUCAACAUGAACCUUAUGGUGAUAUAACUCUGAAAGUGACUUCCAAACUGACGGAGAAAUUUUCAAGCUGAGACCAUUGUGUAGAUCUACAUAUAGAGUUAAAACAUUGUACAGAGAUGCAGCGCUCAUGAAGAUGUAUAAUCCUGGCAGACAUUUUGUCUAAAUUAUUAUGCAUUACUAAGUGAUUAAGUUGUACAGAACAAGGUGGAAGUGGCAUCCGUGAUGAAUAUAAUAAUCGCAAAAUGUUCAUCAUUGUACAAAGAUUGUCCUGC